CGCAGGCCGCCUCCCGUCAGCUGUAUGGAUUACACGCGCAUCGAACUGUCUUGGUCUGUGCCAUCCUAACAAGACAGGCUUGAGUGGGGAAUCUCCCUCUAGAUGAAUGAGUGUUUCAGUCAAACGACGACGUGCAAGGGACCAGCAACCACCAAACCGCCAAAUUGAUUAGGCUUUCGACGCGGGCGUCUCGACGUGAUAGAUAGAUCGCGCAUAGGUACCGGUGUUCACAUCAACAACAGCCGGCCCACCGACCUCUACCGGUUGUCUCGGCACUCUAGACCGAUUGCUGUAACAUCCGAUUAAUCCGUCGAGGCCACAUUUAGCCGGGAAUGAUGGAUUGGCCAUGGGACUUCUUGACCCUCUCAGAUGCCGAGAAGCAGGCCCGUCGCGUUUCGUUAGACAGGCAUGCUGGAUACUCUCAACUAUCCGCACUUGUGCCAAUUGUGCUCUUCUUCCUCGUGCGAUUUGUUUCAUGGCUCACCGCCAAGUACGCAGCCCGGAAACCAACUUAUGAUGCCGUGCCUGGCUCUCCUGUCGCCAAGUAUAAGAGAGAACAUACCUCAAACUUCUGGUCUGCAACAGCACGAAGAAUCUCCUGGUGGCUAAAAGAUGAUGUCGUGUUUGCGGGUCAAAGUUUGGGUCGAAGGGAUACAUUGCUCUAUGGAACAGCGUACACAUUCUGGUUGCUAUUUCUAUGCUGUCAAGGCACGGGUCGAGACUACUUCCACCUGACUAAACGUUUUGGUGCUGUCGCUACUGCACAGUUCCCAAUCCAAUAUCUUCUGUCGCUGAAGUAUAUAAACCCCGUAGCAUUUGCCCUCAAGUCGUCGCAUGAAGAGGUGAACCGCUGGCAUAGAGUUCUAGGACGCAUCGUUUAUUUUCUGCUUUGUCUGCAUGGCGCCCUCUAUACCAAUUAUUAUAUCCAAACGGGCGUGCUAACACAGAAACUCACAUCUUCUCGAGUUGCUAUUCUCGGACUUUCAGCUCUGCUGGGAAUGACGAUCCUAAUGACGACAUCACUCUCAUUUAUCCGAAACUAUUCCUACCGGGUAUUCUUUAUCGUUCAUCUGGCAGUGGCUCUUGCGCUCCCACCAUUCAUAUGGUUCCAUGUCCACCAUGCUCGAGUUUAUAUGGCUGAAUCGUUGGUGGUAUUCAUAAUCGACUUGGCAGCGCGCAAGUUGACAACGACCACAGCUCCGGCGACUCUCGAGCUUAUUCAUGGGACCGACCUCAUCAAGAUCAAUAUCAAGACUACGCAGAAGUUUGUGUCUAGAUUCGCGGACUUUCCCGGAUCGCAUGUCUAUGUGAACAUACCAGUCGCCUCCCGCUCAGGCUCUUUCAAGAUGCUUUACGAGUUUAUGUUCAAUCCUUUUACUGUGGCAGCGGUCAGUGAAGAAUCACAAGAGUUGACCCUAGUAGCGCGGAAGUUGAAGGGCCCAAUUAGCCACGCUUUUGAUAAUCUGGCACGUAUCAGUGCUUCGGGUAGCAACGCGCCCCUUAGCAUCGAAGGUCCUUAUGGCAGCAGCAAGUACUUCGCGGACCUCGUAGGAGUCAAGGCCGAUCGGAUUCUCUUCGUUGCCGGUGGCGUAGGUGCAACCUUUAUCAUGCCGAUCUAUCAGUAUAUCGCUACCGAGAAUCCAGCUGCCCGUAUCGAUCUCGUCUGGGCCGUGCGUGAGGCAGGCGAGGCGACCUGGGCAACUACGGGCAAUGAGAAGAGUAUCCUCGAUGAUGAUCGGGUACAGCUUUAUUUGACGGGCAAUGUGUUUAACUCGGCCUCACGUAUCGCAGAUGACGAAGUCGAAAUGGACAACCUGCAUAGAGAUACGAUGCGCAACAAACACAUGCCUAAUCAAAGUACCAAGCGUCCCGACCUGAAGAAGAUUGUUGACGACGUAUUUCGCCAGGGCCAGGAAGAUCGUGUGGCUGUUCUUGUCUGCGGCUCAGAAGCUAUGGCGAGAGAGCUUCGAGGCUAUGUAGGAGCAUGGGUAAGGAAGGGACGCGAAGUCUGGUGGCAUAACGAGAACUUCAGUUGGUGAUGGUCAUCAUGCAGGGCUUAAUGUGAGGACGAGUGCCUGUUUCCAAAAUCGCACGGGCAUUUGACCUAUAGAGUUAGACAAAUUUAGAAAAUGUAGUGGCUUAGUCGAUGGACAAAAGCAUAGAUACGGCACUAACCGUUGUGUCCUGAGUGAUGUCUUGCACACUUUCGUAAGUCCAUCUUGCCAGUAUCUGUAAAAGAGAGGGUGAUUCAGAGCGGUAAUUGGCAGUGCGGAAGUGGUUACUAGAUUCACCCGAGCUUAAGGACCUUAAUUCUCAG